GCAGCCGGUAGGCGGGCGUUCGCAUAGUGCUACGAUGAUCGCCGUGGUAGUAUGCCUUUGUUAUCAUCCGAACCUAUUCGCGCCCGGUGUUUAGUUAAAUCCAGUUUGGUCUCGACCCGCUCGAACGUCGCCAACAACAGAAUGCCAAACAUCAAGGUGUUCAGCGGCACGUCGCACCCGGACUUAGCACAGCGGAUCGUUGACCGGUUGGGCAUCGACGUUGGCAAGGUGGUCACCAAGAAGUUUAGCAACCUCGAAACAUGUGUUGAAAUUGGAGAAUCAGUCAGAGGAGAAGAUGUCUACAUCAUACAGAGUGGUAGUGGUGAAGUCAAUGAUAACUUGAUGGAACUAUUGAUCAUGAUAAAUGCUUGUAAAAUAGCAUCGGCUUCACGUGUUACUGCUGUCAUACCAUGUUUUCCAUAUGCUAGGCAAGAUAAAAAGGAUAAGGAAUUAUUUCGAGAUUUUGUGAUCGGCAAUCAGAGUAGAGCACCAAUAUCAGCUAAAUUAGUGGCCAACAUGCUGUCAGUAGCUGGUGCUGAUCAUAUAAUAACUAUGGACCUCCAUGCUUCUCAAAUACAAGGUUUCUUCGACAUCCCUGUCGAUAAUUUAUUUGCUGAACCAGCUGUACUCAAGUGGAUAAAAGAAAACAUACCUGAGUGGAGAAACAGCAUUAUAGUGUCCCCAGAUGCUGGUGGUGCUAAAAGGGUCACAUCAAUUGCUGAUCGUCUAAAUGUUGAGUUUGCUCUUAUUCAUAAAGAGAGAAAGAAAGCUAAUGAAGUGGCAUCAAUGGUUCUAGUGGGAGAUGUUAAAGAACGCAUUGCCAUCUUGGUUGAUGAUAUGGCAGACACUUGCGGCACAAUAUGUCAUGCUGCAGAAAAGUUAACUGAAGCAGGUGCUACUAAAGUGUAUGCAAUUUUAACUCAUGGUAUAUUCUCUGGACCUGCUAUAUCUCGUAUUAAUAAUGCAUGCUUUGAAGCUGUUGUAGUUACCAAUACCAUUCCACAAGAUGGCCAUAUGAAAGAAUGUCCUAAAAUUCGUUGUAUAGAUGUAUCAAUGAUGUUUGCUGAGGCUGUUCGGCGGACACACAAUGGCGAAUCAGUUUCUUAUUUAUUCUCAAAUGUGCCUUAUUGAAAUGUGUAAUCAUGUUUUUAUCAUCUUUGCUAUGUACCUACAUUUUUCUUAAUAUAUUCAUAAAUUCAUACAAUAAUCUAAUAUGCUCAAUAAAAUAUUGUAAAAUUAUACAGUUUAUGAGAAAUUAAUGUUACAUUUAAAUAGAUAUCUGUUAUACCUAAAUAUUAUAAAAAAAAUUUUAUUAAUGUCAAGCGGUUUAAACAAUUCACAAUUUUAAAUAUGUCAGUUAUACAUAACUCCACUUAUAACUCUUUAUGUACAUAAUAUAAUAUAUACAUUUUCAUAUUAUAUUACAGUGUUUAUUACGAAAGUCUUGAAUUUUAACAAAUAUUAAAGUUAAUUUAAAAUUAAGAAAAUUAUUAUUUGGUAAAAUCAGUAUUAAUUUAUUAUUAUAAUUGACAUGAUGGUACCAUUUA